AUGGGUCAGCCUGAAGACUCCUCACACGUCGAGGGCGUAGCCCCCGGUGCCAUUGAAGCUGGCAAGCAGGAGGAUUUUUACGUUGAGGACCGAGUCGCUCAUCUCUCGGAAGAACAUCGCCAAUAUCUUCUCGCGCGUCAUGGUACACUCGACCUCGACCCUAUCCCGGAUAUGAACGAUGCCGAUCCCUACAAUUGGCCCCAAUGGAAGAAGAACCUCAAUUUGGGUCUCGUGGUGUUCCACGCUAUGAUGGCUCUUAGUACUGCCUCUUCGAUUCAAUCCGCCUUUACCAAUAUCGCCGCCGAUUUGGAUGUUAGCAUGCAGCGUACCAGUUACUUGGUCUCCCUGUUCAUUGCUGUCCUUGGUGGUGCGCCCUUGUUCUGGCGCCCCUUGAGCAAUCGUUUCGGUCGUCGUCCUAUCUUCCUCAUCUCGUUGAUUUGCGCCAUGGUCGGAAAUAUUGGCUGUGCUGAGAGUCACUCAUACGGAACUAUGGGUCUGUGCCGAGCUAUCACUUCCUUCUUCAUCAGCCCGGCUGCUGCCAUUGGAAGUGCUGUCGUCGCUGAGAUGUACUUCAAGCGUGAUCGUGCACGCCGCAUGGGUAUCUGGACCUUGAUGGUCACCAUUGGUGUGCCACUCUCUCCAUUCCUGUUCGGUUUCCUCGCCCUGCGUAUCUCGUACCGCUGGAUCUACUGGGUUCUUGCUAUUGUGAAUGCCGCGCAGUUCUUCCUCUACUUCCUCGUUGGAUCUGAGACUCUCUAUGUCCGCGAGGAGGGCGUUCCCAAGCAGGUCACCAACACACAGAAGGAAGGCCUGUUUAGCUUCCGCCGUAUCGACCCGACUCCCCUGCGCUUCUAUGAUUUCAUUCACCCUCUGACUUAUGUCACUAAGCCCUGUGUCAUGAUCCCUGCUGCUGCUUACGCUAUGAUCUUCCUCUGGGGUAGCAUCAUGCUUACCAUUGAGAUCCCUCAAAUCUUCCCAGCGCAGUUCGGCUUCAACACCCAAGAGGUUGGUCUCCAGUUCUUGGGUAUUAUUCUCGGUUCGGUGAUCGGUGAGCAGAUUGGAGGUCUGAUAUCUGAUCGCUGGAUGUUGAUGCGCCAGAAGUCCAAGGGCGAGCGUCCCGAACCUGAGUACCGUCUGUGGCUCAGCUACAUUGGACAUCUUCUCACUAUCUGUGGUGUAGUUGUCUUUGCUGUGCAGAUGAGUCACGCUGGUGAUAAGUGGAACAUCACUCCCAUUGUUGGAGCUGCUAUCGCUGCUGGUGGUAACCAGAUCGUUACUACCAUCAACAUCACCUACGCUGUGGAUAAAUACAGAGCCGAUGCUGCUAGUGUUGGAUGCUUCAUUACAUUCGUCCGUCAAAUUUGGGGUUUCAUCGGACCUUUCUGGUUCCCCAACAUGUUCACCAAUGUUGGAUGGGCUGGUGGAGCUGGUAUUGCCGUUGCAUUAAUGGUUGGCGUUAGCAUCAUCCCGACGAUGCUCUUGCAAUGGCGCGGAUCUCGCUGGCACUAG